AUUGACACAGAGGUACCGUAUGAGGAGCCAAAGUUGGAUUUAUGUUUCGCUGUUUGGCAAUUAUCUCCAAAGUGACAUGAAAUGAACGCAGAAUCUCUGAGUGCAGAAGAAUCUGGCAAUAUCUUUUUGCAAUUUUUGAGACACGGCGGUUGGGGAGAGUCAUUGUAAAACUCUGCUUGCGUGUUUUCUAGAGCUGUUACUGGCAGUGAAUUUUGUAUAGUGAUGUUUUUAAGCAAUCAUUAACUGAUGGCACAUGGAUACAGAGAAAAUAAAUUUUUUUGGCUCAACUGAUUCAUUUCUUCUGCCUAGAAAUGGCUGGGAUCUUGCUUACAGGACUUGUACUCUUCUUGUUGGAGGUGAAAUGUGAUGGUGAGCCAACACAUGCUGGGACAGAAACAAUGGAGCAGCCCCAUGAGCAAGUCAAGCUCGUCCAUCCUACAUCGCAAUGGGUGCUGAAGUUGUUUAACAACUCGCUGCCCUUUUCCAGAGCUGAGAGUUUCUGCAGAGGUCAGUUCAGCUCUCUGAUCACCCUGGAACGGUCAGAGGACAAGAAAGAGACCGUGGAGUUCCUUCAGCAGACUGGACUUCGCUCUCCAGUCUGGGUUAAAGAUCACCCCAGAGCAGAGUCCAAGCCGGUAGCUCUCUCCAGGCAGUAUUUGGAGUUCUCAGUGCUAAAAUUUCCAAAGGAUUCCCAUGAUGGCUUUGCACGUGUCAGAGUGUCUUUUCCCGCCAUGUCGUCUGUCAGCGUGUGUGUUCGAGUUCAGUGGGACAGAGAGUGGAUUGAAGUAUCAACAGUCUUCUCCUACGCUGCACCUGUCCUGACCAAUGAGUUCCAGCUGCGAGGCCGAGUGGACAAGCAGGGUCCUAUCCACCUGGCCCUCAUAAUCCACGGAAAACACUUUCCAUACAAGGCCUCCUUUGCAAAUGACGGUGCAUGGCAUCACGUUUGUGUCACAUGGAGUAGGAUGAGCAAUCACUGGGCCAUCUAUGUGGAUGGAGACAGGAAAGACACGGGCUCUGGUACAGACAUGGACAGGGACAUACACGGUGAUGGUAUUCUUAUCCUGGGUCAGGACCAAGACUCAUUUGGGGGAAAUUUCACAGAACCAUUUUUUGGGAACAUCACUGACCUGAAUGUAUGGAACGUUUCUUUGGAAUCGAGGCAUAUCCGUGCCUUGAAUUUGUGUUCGGCCACAAUACAGGAAAAACUUUUCAGCUGGAACCUCAGCCUCAUAGACAGCCCUCAUGUGGUCAAAGAGGUGAAGGCUCCGUUGUUCUGUCCAGCAGUGCUCCAGCAGAUGGAGCUCCAGGGCUGCAGGACAUUGCAGGGCUGGUCGGAUCAGCUGCCAUCCUUCAGCUGGACGGACUGCUCUGAUCUUCUGCCUUUCAUCUGCAGGAGCAGCCGAGAGCGGCACCACAGGAUGGAGCAGAUCAGUAAGUCUCAAAGCAGCCAGCCUUCUGCCUUCAUGAACCAACUGAUGAAGCUUUCCAACAAGAGCCAGUCUGAGCUUGUGCAGCAGCCUUCAGGGCUGGACAGCCUGGCCCAGGCUGCGGCUCUGCUCAACGCCUCCAUCCAGGCCCUGGAAGACACGCAGCAGGACGGCCUGCAGCCAGCCGACAUGGUGACGCUCAUCCAGCUGCUGACACUCACUGCUGACGUCUCCUCUGAACCAUCAGUCAGCGCUGAAAACAGUAGCCGUGACAACAUCCAGGAGCUCAGUCAGCACUUCAUCAGUGUGGCUGACAGCAUCAUCAGUGAAGACAAUGCAGACAAGUGGCAGGCUAUCAAAGAGGUGGUGAACGGUCCCAUGGAUGUUGUGAAGAGCGUUGACCGGAUGGUGACCCGCUUGAGUCCAAGUUUGACAGCAGAGACUGACCAUGUGACCAUUCAUGCUCCCAAUAUCAAAGUGGAGCUGCAGCAACAAAGACUGGGUGAAGGAUCUAGAGUGGAGAGUUUCUGUGGGCCUGGGUCAGAGACUCUCGGCCUUCUAGACUGUAUUUCUGUUCCACGUCAGAAGAUACAGGAUCUGCAGGACAAUGGCUUCUAUAAGAUCACCCUGGUCAACAUGUGGUAUGGCUCUCUGCGACCUCUUUUCAAUCCAGAGGAGAACAUCACCAUGGAGCCUACGGUCACUGACGGCACACAAAGGUAUCUGGGCACUGUGCUGGGCUCGGCUGUUAUAUCCUCCACUGUGCUGGGAGACGACCAGCCAGUCAGCAUGGCGGUUCACUUCCAGCUCCAGCACAAAGCACAGAAUUCCAUUGAUGCUGUGUAUGAUCCCGUGUGUGCAUUCUGGGACUUUGAUCUUACUCCGGAGGCUGGUGGGUGGUGGAACACAAGAGGCUGUGAGCUUGUGUCCAAACAUUAUGGAUACACCAUGUGCUACUGCAACCACACCACCAAUUUUGCUGUGCUGCUGCAGGUUUACGAAACUCAGAGGAGCCCAGAAAACGAAAGAGCUCUGCAGGUGCUGACGUUCAUUGGCUGUGGAGUGUCUCUGUGUGGCCUCCUCUUCACCUUCAUCCUCUUCAUAGCUGUGGGAGUCCCCAAAUCAGACCGAACCACUGUCCACAAGAACCUGAUAGCUGCUCUGGGCCUCGCUGAGCUGCUGCUGAUGUGCAGCGACUGGGCCACAGAAAAUCAGGCAGCAUGUUUCAUGGUGACUGCUCUGCUUCAUCUCUUCUUCAUGGCCUCCUUCUGCUGGAUGCUGGUUGAGGGUCUUCUUCUUUGGAGCAAAGUGGUUUCUGUUAACAUCAGUGAGGACCGCAGGAUGAAGCUCUACUACGUCAUAGGCUGGGGACUACCUGUUCUGAUAGUCGGACUAACACUGGUGAUAUCAAGGGGCAAAUACAAGUCACAUGAUCACUGCUGGCUCAGUGUGCAAACUGACACCAUCUGGGCCUUUGUGGGACCGGUCAUAUUUGUCUUGACGGUCAAUGCAGUUGUGCUGUGCCGCGUUGUCAUGGUGACCGUCUCCAGCGCUCAUCGCCGCGCUAAGAUGCUCAGUCCAAGCUUUGCAUCGAAAAUGCAGACCUUUGACCUCACCUGGGCUGUGACCCGUCCGAUUCUCAUCCUGCUGCCUGUUCUGGGUCUGACGUGGAUGUGUGGCGUGCUGGUCCAUCUGUCUGUAGUCGUCAGCUACAUCUUCAUCAUCCUCAAUUCCUUCCAAGGCCUGUAUAUCUUCUUAGUGUAUGCUGUUUACAACAGUGAGGUGAGGAAUGCCAUAAAGAGGAUCAAAGAAAAGAGGAAGGCUCUCUCUUUCACGAACUGCUCCCAUCCUACCAGCUUCCUUCCCUCCCAAAGGGUUCCAACAACCUCCUGGAGCCGGAGCCCCCCAACCUCCUCCAGCCUGGAAACUAGUGAGAGCUCUGGACCCCUCAGCUCCACUUCCACAUCACUGGUCAUCAAGAACGAGAGUUUCAAAAAGGAAAGCUUUGUCAGUUUCUCUUUGAGACACGCAUCAGGAAACCAAGUGGUGCAGCUGACUGGGUUUAAACCAUCAGGUUGUUGAGCUGCAGAUGGGGAGGCUUGGCUCUGUACGCUACACACACACGCACACACACACAGGAUGGAGAGCAAGAGGACAAGAAUGGAAAGAGGAAACUCCACAGUCAACUGAACCCAUCAGCUCAUCACUUUCCUAAUAACUCAUUUAUGUAAUAUUUUACAUUUCUUCUGUGUAGCUCAAGUGGUGAUGAGACGUAAACUCUCAUUGAUGAGUUUGAUUCAUCUUCCCAACGUUCCGAAGCACAAAAUGUUUCACAUUCCUCAGUUGAAGACAGAAACGUCUGGAAACUGUAAGUGGAACCAGAACUUGGCUCAUCCAUCCCGUAACCCGGCAGUGUGGACCUGGACCGACGCACCACUAAUUCACUUUAAAGCGUUUUUAUAGUUUAACAUUUGUUUUUCUACUUGACACAAUUUCCUGUAGCCAAAAGAGACAGAACACAGGUGUGUGAAUAGUCAUUAUCUUACCAGCAGUCAGAGUCAACCUAUUUAUUCUUCCAAUCAGAAGUUUACAUACACUAAUCCUUGGGGUCAAUAGAUGGUCCAUUGACCAUGUAAUUGUGGAAUUUGAUAUUUCAAAAAUAAAUUUGCUUAAUAGAGACUAGACCAUUUGAAAAAGACAAAUACUCAUGUUUUUCGAUAAGUCGUUUUGGUGUAAGGUGGGGUUUUUCUGCCCAUAAUCAAAAUUGAUUUAUUUCACAAAACUGCAAUAGAAACAUUUUUUGGCAUCAGUUGAGUCACAUGAUUAACAACCAUGAAGAACAAGAUGACAGAAAGCAGUUGGACAGUUGCUUCCCAUGUGUUUUAAUGACUGAUUGUGUGAACAAUUUUAUUCACAUGUGAUUUUAAUUGCCUUUCAUAUUUAGUGGACAUGCCACCAUUUUGAAAUUGCAUUUUUUGGGGGAGUUUUUUUCGACAUGUUUUGCACACAUCAGUAACAGAAACACAGCUAGAGUAACAUAAAUCCUACCAAUAUGUAUCUCAUUUGCAAAUUAGAAAUAAAUCACCCACAUUCUGGACCCAUAUUUACUCCAAAACCAGUUUCCAGUUCAGUUUGGGGUCAUCGUCCUGCCUCAGCUUUCAGUUGGUUCUCUAGUUUCAACUUUUCCAAUGUUUAUUGGAGGUGUAGUUGAAGAAUUUGAAGAUAAUCCUUUAUCCUUCUUCUUCCACCUGCUUUUUUUACACAUUAGUAACACUGGCACUAAAAGGACUUUCAGUAUGACGCCACCAACACCAUGCUCAAAAACUGGUGCAAUGUUCUCUGGUUUAGAAUGCCCAGCUUAUCUCAUCCAUUCCUAUUUCUUGUUAUUAUAUCCAGACCAUUAAAUAUUUGUCUUGUCUGAAUGAACAGAGAGAAAUUUUCAUCUGAAAGUAUAAAAAGAGGGACAUUUUACUUCUCAGUUCAUGUUGAUGUUCCACACUGCAGACAUUGUGGCAUCUUCCAUUGUAUCCUUGAUUUUUUAAUCAUUUCUUGGUUGUUUCCAAAAAUUCCAAAACAUUAUUCUAAUGCAUGAAACAUAAAUCUGGGAAACACUGCAAAAAAUAAAAAUAAAUAAAAAAUUCAGGCUUGUUCACACAGUUAUUCUUUCUCAAAUAAAUUAAGAGUUUUUGCCAACUAAUUGUUCCACUUUGAAAAAAGAACAGUUGGAAUUCAUGAUUAAAAGCUCAAUAAAUAUUAUAUUGAUUGUGAUGAUGAGUGUAUGUCAGCUUUUCACUGGCACAGUAAAUAUAUUGUCAUGUAGUCUUAGCAAGACUUACAUUUGUCAGCUUCACAUCAGUUUGUCUCUGCUUCAUGUGUUUGGGGGGUGAGACUGUCUACACACUCUGUAUGAUGUAUUGAUGAAACGACCAUACAGUAACCUGUCUGAGAGCUUAUGUUGACAAACAUCAAAAUGUAAUAAAAAAAUGUUGAAAUAAAGUACAGAGCAGUUAGCUGACGAGCUAACACCCCACUGCAGUUCCUCUGUUACAUGUCGGCCUCGUUCCUGUUUCGUUCCAUUUCUUCUAAGGCCAAAUGAACUGCAUUUCACUGAUGCUAGUGGUAAAACAUAAUAACAUCUGACUUGGAAAAACAUUUUAGAACAGCUGCAUUUGGGGAGAACUCAGCCUUAUUUAUUAUUUAGUGACAAUUCUUAGUAAAUGUUGUGAUUAGCAGCAGGUCCGAUUCAUAAGCAGUUUUCCAUACACUGAGGAGCACAACAGAACUGCCCAGCUCACAAUGAAGCCGGACCAUCAAUCUGAAAAACUUGUCCCACAAAACCUGUGGAGCCAAAACCAACAGCUUCUGUGGCCAAGUUUAGCUGGUGGAGCUAAAAGCA